AUGGAAGAGUGGUUAGGACACACCAAUGGAGAACUGUGGCAAAGCCCAAACUUGUUCUACUUUGAAGAGUACCCUUCUCCUCUCGAAGUGCUGUCUGAGCUGCCUUCAAACCCCCUGCAGGGCCCGCCACUGCCCCCUAAAGGCAACAGGGAGGCUCAGCGCGAGAAGACUCAAGCAGACGUAGGGCUGCCACUGCAAAGGGAAGAUUCUGCUCAGAGCGAGGAUUGGACAACAAAGUCACAUGAUCGCUGGUUGAUGGAGCGUCUACAAGCACUCCAGCAGCACCCCGUCCCAUACUCACACGAGUCUCAGGACACGUAUGUCACACUGAGCCACAACAACAACAGUGAGGACGGACAAGACGGGGUCCCAGUGGAGAAUGUCCCUCUUGAGGUUCUGUUCACUUCAAGGAAACAGUCAGAAUCUCACUCGGACUUAGGUUCUGGGUCGGGCCAGCUGUCAUCCCUGUCCAGUUUUGAGUACUCAAAUCAGGACUGGGCUCACAAACCACCUGGAUACACCUACAUGGCAGUGGCCGACUCUGGAGUAUCCAUGGACUACAGUCCCAUGAACCGGCUGGAGGACAUGGGGAGAGUACCUGUAUUUACUCAUGAGUAUAAGAACGACAUGGUUUUGAGGAAGGCCUUUCUGACCAGACAACAUUCUGUCCAUGAUAACUUCUGA